AUGACGCCGUUGCACGGUGCUCUCGACAACAGUGACGACAGCGUAUUCGGCGUGGACAGCGCGGAGAACGCGGACGGCGAGGGCGACGACAGUGACGCUGGCGAGGCCGCGCUUCGCAGCGAGGUGUCGAAACUCCUCCUCGCAUCGCCGCAUCCCUCGGACGACCCGGAAACCCCCGAGAUGAUCGGCGGCAAGCGCAAGUCGUGGCUUCGUGCUGCCCCUCGCACGGCCACAUCAGCAGGACCCUCUUUCGUCCGCGCGAACGACGCUGAAGGAGCCAACGCGAAGGGGGGGAGCGCGUCACGCCCGAAUGCCCGCGCCUUGUCAGUGCGGAGGGCGCCAUUUCCGCCGCUACCGGCGGCAACAGCCGCAGGAGAAGCAGCGUCAACAGCGGCAGUGACUGUGGCAGCAGCAGGCGCAGGAGGAGGGAGCGCGGGGAAGCGGUCUCGUGCCACGUGGCAGGUGAAUAGCGAGGGUAUCGUCACCGCGCUGGAGCGUCAGCUGUCCCUGCCAGCACGCAGUUACUGGCGCUAUCAUGCCCGAGCUCUGCCGCUGGUGAAAGAAGCAGAGCACGCAGAGCACGCCGUACAGGCAGACCCUAUGAUGCUGGCAGAGAAGGCAGUGCGGACGGUGCGGACAGUGCGGACAGUGCGGACAGUGCGGACAGGCAAGGGGCUAACCGCUCGCUCCACCACCUCCCAAUCCACUCAAGCCAAGAAGCCUCGCCUCCUUGCGCACGCGGAUAGCUGCGACCUCCCCCCUCCGCGCCCCCUUUCCCCCGUGGCGCGCGGGACACGCCUCCCAGUUGGUACUGCAGAUUCUUCCCCUCCAGGUGCCCUCUCAGCUGCUGCUGACUCUGCUGCUGCUGACUCUGCUGCUGCUGACUCUGCUGCUGCUGACUCUGCUGCUGCUGACUCUGCUGCUGCUGACUCUGCUGCUGCUGACUUGGAUGCUGACUCUGCUGCUGCUGACUUGGAUGCUGACUAUGCUGGUGCUGGCGCCUGUGUGGAGGGCAGAAGCGGAGGGGGAGGGGAGGAGAGGGUGUCUGGUCGUUGCUUCCCCUCCCCACUCCAUUCAAGCCGCUGGGGGAGUGGGUGGGGGCAGGCGGAGAGGCACAUGGGCGGAGAGAAUAGCGAACAGGCGCGAGCACCAGGGGGGUGUGCUGCAGAGAGUAAUGCAGGCUGGACGGACUGGGGUGGAGAGAGUGGUGAGCAGGCGUCAGCAGCAGAAGGGAGUGUUGAGGAGGGGGUUGAUGCAAGCAGGUGUGGCUGGCAGCAGGAGGCUUCUGAUUCGACAAAGGGCUUCUCCUCCCCAGGCCGUGCAGGCCGCUAA